AUGGCCAAGAAUGGACUUGUCAUUUGUAUCCUGGUGGCCAGCUUACUCCUGGAUCAGACCAACAGUUACCCAUCCAGAAUGAAAGCCAGGAAACACAGCAAACGCCGCGUGAAAGAAAAGGAUGGUGACUUGAAGUCUCAAGUUGAAAAGCUGUGGCGGGAAGUCAAUGCCCUGAAGGAGAUGCAAGCUCUGCAGACAGUCUGCCUUCGAGGCACCAAAGUCCAUAGGAAAUGCUACCUUGCUUCAGAAGGCCUGAAACACUACCAUGAAGCCAACGAAGACUGCAUUUCCAAGGGAGGAACCCUGGCUGUCCCUAGGAACUCCGACGAAAUCAGCGCCCUCCGUGACUAUAGUAAGAGGAGUCUGCCGGGUGUCAACGACUUUUGGCUGGGCAUAAAUGACAUGGUCACAGAAGGCAAGUUCCUCGAUGUCCACGGAUUCGCCGUCUCCUUUCUCAACUGGGACCGUGCCCAGCCCAGUGGUGGCAAGCGGGAAAACUGUGUUCUGUUCUCCCAGUCAGCUCAGGGCAAAUGGAGUGAUGAGGCCUGUCGAAGUAGCAAGAGGUACAUAUGUGAGUUUAUCAUCCCUUAGCAAGCCUCUCCCCGAUAUCCCUCCCAAGUAAAUAAGCUAGUAGUCACCCUAAGUAAGUCAAAAUUACAUUGAUUAAAUGCAAGGUUGCCGUGUAAAGAUUGAUCUCUGUAGAUAGAUAGAGUCAGACUGUGUUUCUACUGUAGCUCAUUGGGGUGUUACCCUUCAUCUUGCAAGGGGGAUGAGAAAAGAAUGACCCGGACACGGUAAGAAAGGGACUUCUGAAAAUGGUCUGCCAAA